AUGUCUAGACCGAUUUACCCAACGAUAAUCGAGCAACUCGAUGGAAGUCCACAUGUGCCUGGCAGGAAAUCGUUUCGACCGAUUGAAGUCGAAGAAGUCCAUUACACCACACAAAUCCCGGAAACGAGACCGAUUCUGGUAAAUAAAGAGGACGAGAAACGUCGCUAUAAAGAAGCAAAAGCUCUGGAAAAAGCCCAAAAAAGAGAAGCGAAAUUGUUGGGAAAGAAAGCGAAAAAGAUUCGAUUGGGGAGAAAGACUUGCUUUUGGAAAUGUACUUCAUGCAAUCAGGUUGUUCCCACUGAAAUACGGUACAGUUCCGGUGGGAAAACAUGGCUUUCUUCUUGCUGUGUUGGCGCUCUAACGUGCUGUCUCUGCUUUUGUGCUCCAUUUUGUAUGAACUCUUGCAAAAACGUUGAUCACUAUUGCCCGCUUUGUGGAAAGUUUUUGGGAUCUUCAGAC